AUGAAACUGAACAAGUUUGUGUCGUCGUCGCGCAGGAAGAACCGCAAGCGCCACUUCCAGGCCCCAUCGCACAUCCGCCGUCGUCUGAUGUCCGCACCCCUGUCCAAGGAGCUGCGUCAGAAAUACAAUGUGCGCUCCAUGCCCAUUCGCCGCGACGACGAGGUUCAGGUGAUCCGUGGCCACUUCAAGGGUAACCAGGUUGGCAAGGUCGUCCAGUCUUACCGCAAGAAGUUCGUCGUCUACAUUGAGAAGAUCCAGCGCGAGAACGCCAACGGCACCAACGUCUACGUUGGAAUCCACCCCAGCAAGGUGCUGAUUGUCAAGCUCAAGCUGGACAAGGACCGCAAGGCCAUUCUGGAUCGUCGCGGCAAGGGACGUCUGGCUGCUCUGGGCAAGGACAAGGGCAAGUACACCGAGGAGACGGCCGCUCAGCCCAUGGAGACCGCGUAA